CAUUGGUCUAUCCCAGGCAGACCGGUCACUGUAGCCGCGCUGUUGAGAAGGAAACCGAACCGUACUGGUCGAGGGGAAAGGCAUCCUGUGCCUCUCUGCCUUUUGCAGUGCGGCUGCUUUGGAGAUACGAGGGACAAUUCAUCUAUUCCUUUCCUGAAAGGAUUUCACCCAUAAAUUAUAAGGACCAGUACACCGAAUAAGAGCGCAGCAAUGGAGGAGACAGUCAUAUGGGAGCAGCACACAGUAGCUCUACACAGAGCACCAGGGUUUGGCUUUGGGAUAGCCAUCUCAGGAGGUCGGGAUAACCCUCAUUUUCAGAGUGGUGAGACCUCCAUUGUCAUCUCAGACGUCUUGAAGGGAGGGCCAGCCGAGGGCCUACUGCAGGAGAAUGACAGAGUCACGAUGGUCAACGCCGUCUCCAUGGACAACGUGGAACACGCAUACGCAGUCCAGCAGCUACGGAAAAGUGGCAAGAAUGCAAAGAUUACAAUCAGACGGAAGCGGAAGGUGCAUGUACCCAUGGGUCGUCUUGGGGAGAGGGAGACCAUGUCGGAGCAUGAGGAGGACGAGGAGGACAGUUACGAUGAAGAGAUAUACGAGACGCGUUCCACACGCAGCGGCCCCAGCGCCUACAGCGGCGUGGGAGGGGCCUCGGCCCGGCGCAGCGGGAGAAGCACGGGAAGGCGGGACCGGGACAGAGAGCGGGAACGCAGCGGCUCACGGGAGAGGAGUCUCUCCCCGCGCUCCGACCGGCGCUCACUCAACCAGCCCCCGCGGCCCGCCAAAGUCACCCUCGUCAAGUCCCGCAAGAAUGAAGCAGAAUAUGGCCUUCGCCUGGCCAGCCACAUCUUCGUGAAGGACAUCUCCCCCGAGAGCCUGGCGGCCAGAGACGGAAACAUACAGGAGGGAGACGUAGUCCUGAAGAUCAACGGCACGGUGACAGAGAACCUGUCGUUGAUAGACGCUAAGAAGCUGAUUGAGAGGUCAAAGGGCAAACUAAAGAUGGUGGUGCAGAGAGACGAGAGAGCUACGCUGCUGAACAUACCAGAUCUGGACGACAGCGUUCCAUCAGCCAACGCCUCCGACAGAGACGACAUUUCAGAUAUCCAUUCGGUGGCGUCCGACCAUUCCAACCGAUCCCACGACAGACAUCGUAGCGGCCGGUCCCGCUCCCCUGACAAGCGGUCCGACCACUCCAGACACUCCCCUCCACAGAUCACCAACGGCAGAAGUCGUGAGGAGGAGAGGAUCUCGAAGCCGACAGCGAUACCAGCCAAGUUAGCAGAGGAGGUUCCUGCCCUGCCAAAACCCCUGGAGCAGCCGGUCACCAGGGAGGAGAAACAGUUACCACCUCUACCAGAACCCAAGCCAGUAUAUGCCCAGCCAGGCCAGCCUGAUGUGGACCUGCCAGUCAGCCCCUCUGAUGCCCCUGUGCCCAGCGCUGCCCACGAUGACAGUAUCCUACGGCCGAGUAUGAAGCUGGUGAAGUUUAAGAAGGGGGAGAGUGUGGGUCUGAGGCUGGCCGGGGGGAACGACGUGGGCAUCUUCGUAGCAGGAGUCCUGGAGGACAGCCCAGCAGCUAAGGAGGGUCUGGAGGAGGGGGACCAAAUUCUCAGGGUUAAUAAUGUCGAUUUUGCUAAUAUAAUCCGAGAAGAGGCGGUGCUGUUCCUCCUUGACCUCCCUAAAGGUGAAGAGGUCACCAUCCUGGCCCAGAAGAAGAAGGAUGUGUACCGGCGGAUCGUGGAGUCUGAUGUGGGCGACUCGUUCUACAUCCGGACCCACUUUGAGUAUGAGAAGGAGUCUCCGUACGGCCUGAGCUUCAACAAGGGAGAGGUGUUCAGAGUGGUGGACACCCUUUACAACGGGAAGCUGGGCUCCUGGCUGGCCAUCCGCAUAGGGAAGAACCAUCAGGAAGUGGAGAGAGGCAUCAUACCUAACAAGAACAGAGCGGAGCAGCUGUCCAGCGUGCAGUACAGUCUCCCCAAGACAGCUGGGGGCGACAGGGCAGACUUCUGGAGGUUCAGGGGCCUGAGGAGCUCCAAGAGGAACCUGAGGAAGAGCAGAGAGGACCUGUCGGCCCAGCCCGUCCAGUCCAAGUUCCCCGCAUACGAGAGAGUGGUGCUUAGAGAAGCUGGUUUCCUGAGGCCUGUGGUGAUAUUUGGACCCAUCGCUGACGUGGCACGAGAGAAACUCUCCCGAGAGGAGCCCGAUCUGUUCGAGCUCGCAAAGAGUGAACCUAGAGACGCAGGGAAAGACCAGCGCAGUUCUGGAAUCAUCCGUCUCCACACCAUCAAACAGAUCAUCGACAGAGACAAACAUGCAGUGCUGGACAUCACCCCCAACGCAGUAGACCGUCUGAACUACGCCCAGUGGUACCCCAUCGUAGUGUUCUUGAACCCAGACAACAAACAGGGGGUCAAGAACAUGAGAACCAGGCUCUGUUCCGAGUCCAGGAAGUCCGCCCGGAAACUCUACGAGAGGGCCCUGAAAUUAAGGAAGAACAACCACCAUCUCUUCACCACCACCAUCAACAUGAACAACAUGAACGAUGGCUGGUACGGAGCUCUGAAGGAGACCGUUCAGCAGCAACAGAACCAGUUGGUCUGGGUGUCAGAGGGCAAGGCGGACGGUGCGCCGGACGAUGACCUGGACAUCCAUGAUGACCGUCUGUCAUACCUGUCAGCCCCGGGCAGUGAAUACUCCAUGUACAGCACGGACAGCCGCCACACCUCUGAUUACGAGGACACGGACACAGAGGGCGGGGCCUACACCGACCAGGAAUUAGACGAGACUCUCAACGACGAGGUUGGUCUUCCCACGGAGCCAGCCAUCACCCGCUCCUCAGAGCCGGUCAGAGAGGACCCGCCCGUCAUCCAGGACCCCUCGACUGGCGGUUACCCUGGAUACCAGCACGUUGCCGUGACUCCGCCCGACCCGGCCAACCGCAUCGACCCGUCCGGGUUCAAAAUGGCCGCCGCUCCUCAUCAGCAAGACGAUGCUGCUCUUCUGGCUAUUCCUUCCUCUCUGCUGCCUGCUGCGGUGGCUGUGGCGCCCCCUGGUGUUGAGGCUGAGUCACAGCAACCUGCACUGCAGGUAGAGGGUAUGACCUCUGAACCCGAGGAGGAAGCUCCGGCUGCAGACUCACUCCUUAGCAGCCCCGCCCCUACUGAGCUAGCCCCGCCCCCAACACCACCAUCACUCGAACCCCAACCCCUGUCUGACCCGCAGCUCGGCCCUGGUCCUGAACCCAAGAUGUACAAGAAGGAUCUGUACAGUCUGGAGGAACCAGUGAGAGUGAACCACGGCGGCAUGAAGUCGUCUCUGAGCUACACCCACCAGCCCUACCAGGACCAACAGCCACACCGCCAGUACGACCACCCGCCUUACGGCUACUGUAGCGACGGGGGGGGCUACGCCGAACCAAAGCAGCCUCCCCAGGGGAACUUUGACCCUCACACUCCUCACCUGCACUACAACAACCGUGUGCCUCAACACUUCGAAGACGGCCAGUGGCCCCCCUACGACCAGCAGACCUCUUCCCCCCAGCCCCCGGGGUAUCAGCCUGGCCCGGGCCACCAGCAGGGCUACACUCCCAGGGGGACCACCCCCUACGAGGACGGCCCAGUCAGGGACUACAGCCCCCCCCAGCCCUGCUACGAUGAGGCACCGGCGGGGAUGCAGGGCUACGACGGCAGGCCUCGUCACGGUAAAACUCCGGGGCCUAUGCGGUACGAUGAACCGCCUCCCCCGCCCUCGGCUGGCCCUUACGACGCUCGCUCCCCUUACGAGUCCGAGUCCCCUCACUGCUACCCCGUAAGCUCGCCCCGCUCCCCAGACCCCCCCAAGCAGUAUUACGGAGACUCUGCUCCUGGCCUGAGACCCUCCUAUAACCCAGGACCUCCCAGCCGGGGCGGUGGCUACAACCGUGAACCUCUAAUGACCUCUGACCCGCCCCUGCCCCCUCCCAAACCUGAACCCUUGGCCUCCCCAGGAGAGAUGGGAGUAAACGCGGGGUCCAAGCCCCCGGGGGAGGAGGAAAGGGACGACCCGGCCAUGAAGCCCCAAUCGGUGCUCAACAGGGUCAAGAUGUUUGAGAAUAAAAGGUCGUUGUCUGUUGACCGGGCCAAGGAGGCUGACGACUCUACCGUGACGAGGCCUGCAGACCUGCCCAGACCUGUGACUGCACCUGGGCCUGUCCCCAAAGCCAACUCCCUCAGCAACCUGGAGCAGGGAAAGGCUACUUACAGAGCCCCCGAGUCCCAGAAUCCCCCUGGGGCUAAACCCCUGGACCACUGCGAUGCUGACGAGGAUGAGGAGUACUACAGGAAACAGCUGUCCUACUUUGACCGACGCAGCUUCGACAGCAAGGCCAUGAACCCCAGCCCUGGCGUCAACCGCUUCCCACCACAGACCCAGCUGGCUUACCCUUACAACAGGGCCGAGUCUGUGGAGAAGGUGAGCCCGGUAGAGAAGAGGUACGAGCCCCUCCCCCAGAUCAGCCCUGUGUCUCAGUACGGACCACCCAGUCCUGCUGUACCACCCAACAGCCUGCCUAAACUCAUCCCCAACGACGUGAACUCUCACCCCGACCAGCUCCUCAGCUCCUCUCCAAAACUUGACCUCUCUGGUCUCCGCCCCCCUGUCCUCCAGGACCCCCCUUCCCAGCCCUACCUGGCCCAGAGGUCCCCAGUGGGGGUCAACGGCACUGACACACCCCCCAAAACCCCUGGAACCACCCCCACCCCACAAAGCUACAACCGAUACGUCCCUAAGCCGUACACCUCCUCAGCCCGGCCCUUUGAGAGGAAGUUUGAAAGCCCCAAGUUCAACCACAACCUCCUCCCCAACGACGGUGGGAAGACAGACCUGAUCAGUAGCAGCAACCCUAAACCCAGCGUGGUCAACAACAACAGCAGGACCAAGCCUCCGCUGUCUCCUCAGGCCCUGGACCACGACAGUGGACUGGACACGUUCACACGCACCAUGGACAACAGGGGGCCCAAGUACCAGCAGCACAACAAUUUAGUCAACAAUGCUGUGUCCAAGGCCAUACCUGUCAGCCCCAGUGCUCUGGAGGAUGACGAGGAGGACGAAGGUCACACAGUGGUGGCCACGGCCCGGGGGAUCUUCAACUGUAACGGCGGGGUGCUGAGCUCCAUCGAGACGGGAGUCAGCAUCAUCAUCCCCCAGGGAGCCAUCCCCGACAGCAUAGAACAGGAGAUCUAUUUCAAGGUUUGCCGGGACAACAGCAUCCUGCCCCCCCUGGACAAGGAGAAAGGAGAGACCCUGCUCAGCCCUCUGGUGAUGUGUGGGCCUCACGGUCUUCAGUUCCUGAUGCCGGUGGAGCUGCGUCUACCUCACUGUGCGUCUAUGACCCCAGAUGGUUGGUCUUUUGCUCUAAAAUCCUCCGACUCCUCGUCGGGUGACCCCAAGACAUGGCAGAACAAGUCUCUUCCAGGAGACCCCAACUACCUGGUGGGAGCCAACUGUGUGUCUGUGCUCAUCGAUCACUUCUGAACAUAGAGGGAGACAGCUGGCCUGUUACUGAAUGUGUUAGAUCAGGGGGCAGCCACAGACUGAAACGUUACCCCCACUCUCCUGCUGUUGUGACCCCUUUGUCCUGUUGUCUCCCUCCCAGGCAGCAGGAGGCAGCAUUGCUUGACUUGAUGAAGUACGAACUUUUAUUCUUGAAUAUAUUCUUAUGUUCUUGAACUUGAAUAUUGAACAUUAAAGUUGUUUAUGGUGCCCCGCCCCUGGGAAAAGUAGGAGGAGUCCCAGUGAAGUGGGAGGAGUCUCAACACAGCAUCCUAUCCCAGCGCUGUGCUCUCCUUUUCUCACCCACCCUUUUUUUUUUUUUGGUGCUUUAACUAAAGGCUUGCAAAAAAUCUAAAACUGUUAAAAACGAAAAUAUAUCAUAAAAAUGGAACUGUUGUUGGAAUGCAUGACCAGUGCCACAGACUGACUGAAUAAUAAUCUAAUUAAGAUUUUUUUCAAAAUUUUUAGCAGGUUGCAAGACAGGAACAUUUAAAAAAAAAAAAAAAAAAUCAAAGAUGAGGAUCAUUUUUUAAAUUAAUUGAAUAUUGCAACGGAAAUUUUACAACUUACUGUAUGCACUCACAAACAGAAAAGUUGGUAUAUGCAAAAAAGCUUUUUUUGUUUGUGAGGUUGUUUGUGGUCAUGCGUUUCGCUCUUAAGGAUAUCUGAGGACUUUGGAAAUGCAGCUGAGCCUCACUCAAGGGUUAUGAGGGAACCUUGGUACUGUAGGCAUCGUUUAAAACACAACACCAUUUUGAAGGUGAUACUGAAGACUGAAGUUAAUGUAUUGGCAUUGGGAUGCCCCCUUUUGAUUGGUCUGUCCAUCUUUAGAAGAACUACUGAAUGUUUUACAUCAAUAAAAUGUCAUUGACUUGAUUUGACAAAACUCCUGCAGGUGUCUAGAGAUCUAUGCAUGUGCUUCGACUCAGGUCCGGAAGCCUGCUACUACUAAGUUCAAACACAUUAAAAGUCCCAUCUUACACUGCAAGCAGUGAUGCCUUAUCUGCAUUUUAACUAAAAAACAUCAGAUCUUUACGUUUUAGUGAUUUAAAAAAUUAUGGGGGGAAAAAACAAACAAAAAAACAAAUUGGAACAAAAGAAAUGUAAUUUCACUGCAUUUUGAACUUGGAUUAACUAUAAUAUGAGGCUGAUGAAGAGGUCCUGCUUUCUGUUCCUGCUAUGCAUAUUGAAGUUUCAGAGGAAAUACUACAAAUGGAAAACACUAGAACGUUUAAAUUGUGGCUGUAUAUAAUGCUAGCAUAUGGCCUUGGUUCGCUUUAAAUUCACUUUUGUACAUCUUUGUCAUUUUGUAUAAAAAGAGGUCAAAAAAAUAAUAAUUGUUUAUUAAAAAAAUUUAAAAAUAGUGA